AUGCGUGUGGAAACUUGCCACUUUUGUUCGCGCCCGGCCUUUCCUGGGAAGGGCAUCACGUUUGUCCGCAAUGACUCGCGGCAAUUCAGAUUCUGCCGGUCCAAGUGCCACAAGAACUUCAAGAUGAAGCGCCAGCCCCGCAAGCUGAAGUGGACCAAGAGCCACCGCGCCGCCCGCGGCAAGGAGAUGAUCGUGGACUCGUCGCUGGUGCUGUCCCAGUUCGCCAAGAAGCGCAACGUCCCCGUCAAGUACGACCGCAACCUGGUGGCCGCCACCGUCAAUGCCAUGGAGAGAGUGGAGGAGAUCCGACAGCGCCGCGAGCGGGUGUUCACGAAGCGCCGGCUGGCGGGCAAGCUGGCCCGCGACCGCCAGCGCGAGGAGGACCGCAAGGUGGUCGCCGAGGGCGAGCAUCUUAUCCGCAAGGAGCUGCGGGAACGGGAGGAGGGUCGCCCGAUGGUCGCCGAGCAGAGCAAGACGGCCAACAGAGUCCAUGGCGAGGAGCGACUCCGCCAGAAGAAGAAGGCCAAGGUUUUGGUCGAUGGCGGCACCCAGGAGGAAAUGGAUAUCGACUAA